GGCUGUGCAUCUAUAUAUUCGUACCCAAUCAUCGCACAAUAAUCAUCACAACAAAGUCCAUUCAAUUCCAUACAAAGGAACAAACCAGUUCUUGCAGGCUGCGGCUCAAGUUCCUGACCAACAAGACUUUCGUGCAGUGUUUUGAGGCACAAAAACCGAGCGACUGGUAUGGCGACUAUGGCCCCAGCUCGAGUUUUCACUGCCGUGUUGCUCGCAGUCGGCUGGGUGUUGGCCGUGGCCGCUAACGACGUCGCCACCAACACUUCGUCGUCUCCGGCGCCGGGCGGAUGGCUGAAGGCGAAUGCGACGUUCUACGGCGGCGCUGACGCCUCCGGCACCAUGGGUGGUGCGUGCGGGUAUGGGAACCUGUACACGCAGGGAUACGGCACACGGACGGCGGCGCUGAGCACGGCGCUGUUCAACGACGGCGCGUCCUGCGGGCAGUGCUACAAGAUCGCUUGCGACCGCAAGAGGGCGGACCCGAGGUGGUGCAAGCCCGGCGUCACGGUAACCAUCACGGCCACCAACUUCUGCCCGCCCAACUGGGACCUCCCAAGCAACAAUGGCGGUUGGUGCAACCCGCCGCGGCCACACUUCGACAUGGCGCAACCGGCCUGGGAGAAGAUCGGCGUCUACCGUGGAGGCAUCAUCCCCGUCAUGUACAGAAGAGUUCCAUGUGUGAAGCGAGGUGGCGUGAGGUUCACGAUCAACGGACAUGACUACUUCAAUCUUGUGCUUGUGACCAAUGUUGCAGCAGCCGGUUCGAUCAAAUCAAUGGAUGUCAAGGGCUCCAACUCGACUGGUUGGAUGCCAAUGGUGCGCAAUUGGGGUGCGAACUGGCACUCUCUAACGUAUCUCACCGGGCAAAUGCUCUCAUUCAGAUUGGCAGACACCGAUGGACAAACCAUUGUGUUCACAAACGUGGUGCCACGAGGAUGGAAGUUUGGCCAGACAUUUGCAAGCAAGCUGCAAUUCAAGUGAGGAUGCUCCGCAGUAUUUCCUUGUGAUUGAUUUAUGAGCGUAUGACUUACAAACGGUCAAACUUACUGGAAGUUCAUUCAGUUGUACACUAUGUGCAUUACAUGUAAAUAGAUACUGAUCCAACAGGCACUACUACCGCUUGUACCUCUCCUGUUAUUUAACUUUUGACUGUAUAUGUUUGUGUAUAUAUAUAUACACACACAAACACACACACUUGUGUUUAUAUAAAUUUUAU